AUGGACUCUACAGAAGCUCCGACAUCCCCUCGGGGUCGUGGUCGAGGUCGAGGGAGGAACCAACGCGGUCAACGAGGCAACCGAGGCCGAGCAAGAGGCGUGUAUCCAAGAGAUAGCACGACAACUACAACUGCCGGUCAAUUAGAAGCACUACCCGAUCACAGCCAUAGCAGGCCGCCAGGCAGCUUCGGUACCCGCCUGACCGGAGCUGCCCCGACUACCCAAGGCGGCGACAGUGGCCCAGCUGAGAACCCGCAGACCGACAAUCCCGCAGACGACGCUGAAGUAUGCUUCAUCUGCGCCAGUCCGAUCGAUCACACCGCAAUAGGACCAUGUAACCACCAGACCUGCCAUAUCUGUGCGCUGCGCAUGAGAGCCCUUUACAAAACUCGAGCAUGUGCACACUGCCGAACAGAAGCGCCCUUUGUCGUGUUUACAGACAGUACCGACAGGGUGUUUCAAGACUUCAAGGAUCAUGAGUUUGCAAAGAUUGACGAGAACCUCGGCAUCAAGUUUGAGAAACCCUCCAUUCUUGAGGAUACCAUUCUGUUGCUGCGGUACAAUUGUCCGGACAAGACCUGCGAUAUGGCAUGUCAAGGCUGGCCACAUCUUCAACGCCACGUCAAAGGGAAGCAUGGAAAGCUGAUGUGCGACCUGUGUGUGCGUCACAAGAAAGUCUUUGCUCACGAGCACGAGAUGUUUGCCUUUGGCGAGUUGCGGAGACACGAGCAGAAAGGCGACGACAACCCCGGUGCCGUUGACCAGUCCGGCUUUAAGGGACACCCUGAAUGUGGCUUCUGCAAAGAGAGAUUCUACGGCGACGAUGAGCUGUACACGCAUUGCCGUGAGAAGCAUGAAAGAUGCCACAUCUGUGAUCGCCAAAAUGCCGGCCGGAGUCCCGAAUACUACCUAAAUUACCAGGAACUUGAGAAGCAUUUCGCCACGAAACACUACGUCUGUUUGGACGCGGAAUGCCAAGCUAAUAAAACCAACGUAUUCGAAUCGGAGAUCGAUCUCAAAGCCCAUCAGCUAGCGGAGCACGCUGGCAGUCUAUCGAAAGACGUCAGACGAGACCAGCGGGUCGUGAAUCUUUCUAGUUUCGAUGUACGCACGCCUUAUCAACCCGAACGACCACGGAGAGGCGGUGGUAGAGGUCGAGAUCCCAACUCUGAACCCUUGCCCAUGUCUAGCGCCCAGCCGUUGUCGCGAGCCGAGCUUGCCUAUCAGCGACAAAUGGCCAUUCAGAGUGCUCAGUCUACGACGACCCGAACCUUUGGCGGACAACUUACACAGCCCACUGCCCCAGGGUCUCAAGCUUCACAACAGCCUCGCCGCCAACCGUCGCCGCCUUCUCAAGCUUCCCCACCCGCUCUCGACAAUCUGACUCUCAACCCUGCUGAUCGUGCCCGCGCGCUCCGUCAUAACGCUGUCACCGAACGCGCCGCCAACCUCCUGGAGCACGACCAAGGCAAGCUUGCGCAGUUCCGCUCCCACAUAUCUUCCUACCGCACCAACGCCACUACCGCCAACGACCUGCUUGAUGCAUUCUUCGCUCUGUUUCCCAGCCGUCCAGCCGACCUUGGCAUCCUCAUCCGAGAGCUCGCCGAUCUCUAUGAGGAUGGAACCAAGCGGACCGAUCUCCUCGCCGCAUGGAACAGUUGGCGCAGCAUCAACGAAGAUUAUCCAUCCCUGCCUUUGCCAUCGGGCGCGGCGCCGGCCGCUGACGAGAGCAUGGGUGCCAAUGUAGGCAGUGGGCGACGAGUGUUGAAAUUGAAGAGCAGUACGGCUCAGUCCGGCCGAUCCAACGCCGCGCGACAAGCCAGCUGGGGAAACAUCCUCACCCCUCCCACGGGGGUCAACGGCCGCGCAGUCCCUGGCCUGACCGGUGGAGGCGAGGCCUUCCCCUCCCUCCCAGCCUCCAGCGGCUCCGCCCGUCGCGCACCAUCCACCAGCAUCGCGUGGGCCGGCGCCCCCUCCUCCAACACAACCUCACGCACAAUCACCCCUUCCAUCAGCACAUCAGCCUCCCGCGCCGCCGGCGGCGGAGCCCGCCCACAAAAGCCCCCCGCACGCACCCAAGACCUCUUCCCCUCCCUCCCCACCGCAUCUAAGCCUCUAAACACCAUGAUCUCCGGCUUCAACACCCGCGCCUACGGCCCCGCCCUGACGAGCUCCCGCGGCGGAAGCGGCAGGAACUCUGGCGUGCAGACGCCCGUCAAUGCGUGGGGUAAUGGCGGGGCGAAUCCGACCCCGGCACAGGCUGCGGCGGCGGUCAGUGAAGCUCUGGGCGGCGGCGUGGAUGGAGAUGAUGCGGAUGGAGGGAAAAAGACUGCUGGGAAGGGUAAGGGGAAGGGAAAGGGAAAGAAGGGCGAGACGUUGUUUCACUUUGGUUGA